UGCCGGCAAGAUUUCGCUCCGCUGUGCGCAUGUGCGAAGGUGUCCCAGACUGACAAUGCUGGAGAGAUAGCGCGUGUGGGAUUGAGAAACCCAGAGAAAAAAGAGACAGAGAAAAAAAUAAUAAUAAAAAGAGAAGGAAAUAGGAAAAAGAUUGACAACACAAACCCACGCCGAGAGACUGGCAGCAUGAGGUCCAAAGGCAGGGCACGGAAACUGGCCACGAGUGACGACAGCGAUGACUUUGCUCUCUAUCCGGCCAACAUCUUAGAUGAUGUUUGUGACUCUACCGGCGACCCCUCGCUUUCUUCAACCCUGGCAGAGGACCCGCUGUCUGAUGAUGAGUUGUCACCUCAGUCAAUCCAGCAACCAAACAUGUUUAUAGCCCAAACUGACCUGGCCAUCCCUCUGGACUUUGAACUGAGAGAGUCAGCAGUUCCAGGUGCUGGCCUGGGCAUCUGGAGUCGCAGGAAGGUGAAUAUCGGAGAGCGCUUUGGACCUUUUGAAGGAGAGCAUAGGCCUUGCCUUCAAGAUCCCGCUCAAGGCUGGGAGAUCUUGGACGGGUCAGGCCAUGUAAAGUUUUGCGUGGAUGCCAGCAAACCAGACGCAGGCAGCUGGCUGAAGCACAUCCAGUUUGCCCCCGCGKCCUCGCAGCAUAACCUGACAGCGUGCCAGAUCGAUGAUCAGAUCUUCUACAAAGUCACCAGAGAGAUUUUUCCUGGAGAGGAGCUGCUACUUUUCAUGAAGGCUGAAGAAUAUCCAUGCGACACAAUGGCUCCUGAUAUUCACGAGGAGAGGCAGUAUCGCUGUGAAGACUGUGACCAGAACUUUGAGUCCCGCAGCCAACUGCUGGACCACCAGAAGCAGCCGUGUGGGAUGCCGCCCUCUUCCUUUCUUAAUCCAGGAGGAGACAGUGACCUGAAAGCUCAAGAGCCUCAAGAUUUGCGGCCCCUUCAUAUGUCUCAUGGCCUGCAUGAGUGUAAGGACUGUGACCAGGUCUUCCCUGAUGUCCAGAGCCUGGAGGCCCACAUUCUGUCACACUCCGAGGAGCGGGAAUAUAAGUGUGAUCAGUGUCCCAAGGCCUUCAAUUGGAAAUCAAACUUGAUCCGACAUCAGAUGUCGCACGACAGUGGCAAGCACUACGAAUGUGAAAACUGCUCAAAGCAGGUGUUCACAGACCCCAGUAACCUACAGAGGCACAUUCGCUCGCAGCACGUCGGGGCUCGUGCCCACGCCUGCUCCGACUGCGGCAAAACCUUUGCAACGUCUUCGGGCCUCAAGCAGCAUAAGCACAUCCACAGCAGUGUCAAGCCCUUCAUGUGUAAGUCACUAAGACCCUACCUAUGUGAGGUAUGCCACAAGUCCUACACCCAGUUCUCAAACCUUUGCCGGCACAAACGCAUGCAUGCUGACUGCCGCACGCAGAUCAAGUGCAAGGACUGUGGGCAAAUGUUCAGCACCACCUCAUCCCUCAACAAGCAUCGGCGUUUCUGUGAAGGAAAAAAUCAUUUCACAGCAGGGGGACUGUUUGCCCAGGGUCUGCCACUCCCUGGCACCCCUGGCUUGGACAAAUCAGCCCUGGCAAUUGGUCACACCAGUGCUGGACUGGCUGAUUACUUUGGGGCUAGCCGCCACCACACCGGGCUUACUUUCCCUGCAGCCCCAGCAUUUCCUUUCAGCUUCCCAGGCUUGUUUCCUUCUGGACUCUAUCACCGACCACCACUCAUUCCUGCUACGACCUCUCCUGUCAGACAGCCGUCUCAUGCACCUGUUGCAGGGCCUGGUUCAGAGCUGUGUAAAAGUCCCUUGCUUCCUUCAAGCCCUAGCGCGUUGGAGUCUCAAGAGCUGCUGAAAGCUCUCCGAAAAGACGGUGGUUCACCUGGAAACCAGAUACCAGACUCAGAGCUCCAUAAUCAGGGUUCAUCUUCAACCACAAAGCAGCGGAACAAGCAGAGUGACCAGUCUGAAAGCAGUGACCUGGAUGAUGUCAGCACGCCAAGUGGAAGUGAUCUGGAGAGUACAACGGGCUCUGAGCUUGAAAGUGACCUGGACAGUGAAAGGGAAAGAGGAGCUGCUCGAGAAAAYGGCAAAGGUCCUAAGAGAAAGGGCCAUGAAGGAGGCUCCCAGAGCCCCAGUUUCAUAGGCAGCAGUGCUGCUAAAGACUUUCCAGGCCCUUCCCUUAUACAGUCUUCACUAGACGAGCAUACAGCUGUUACGGGGGCUGUGAAUGACUCUAUAAAGGCCAUUGCCUCUAUUGCUGAAAAAUAUUUUGGCUCAACUGGGCUAGCUAGCUUGCAAGACAAAAAGGUUGGGUCUCUGCCCUACCCCUCCAUGUUCUCACUGCCUUUCUUCCCAGCUUUCUCUCCACCAGUUUACCCUUUCCCUGACAGGGACCUCAGACCAACAGRCCUGAAAGGUGAGCCACAAUCACCAGGAGAUGAUGGCAAGAAGAGCCAAGGCAAGUCUUCAUCUGAGUCACCAUUUGACCUCACUACCAAAAGAAAGGCAGAAAAGUUAGUCCUUUUUGCCUCRUCUAAACCAGAGAUCUCGCAUCCCACUGGUGAAGAUCAGCCACUCGAUCUGAGCCUUGGGUCGAGGGGUCGAGGACGUUUUUCAAAUCAGGAGGAGGCCAAAAAGAGCCCAGGCUAUGAGGAGGAGAAAAGAGUUUUGGAGAUUCCAAAAGCAGAUUCCUCUUUACAGCAUGCCAGGCCUACUCCUUUUUUUAUGGACCCCAUCUACAGCAGGGUUGAGAAGAGGAGGAUGAGCGAUCCGUUUGAGACGCUGAAAGACAAAUACAUGAGGCCAGCUCCAGGUUUCCUGUUUCAUCCACAGUUUCGUUUGCCAGAUCAGAGAACUUGGAUGACGGCUAUUGAAAACAUGGCAGAGAAGCUGGAGACGUUUGGCUCCUUGAAGUCAGAAUCCAGUGAACUGUUGCGCUCCGUUCCAUCCAUGUUCGACUUCAGAGCCCCGCCGUCUGCCCUUCCAGAGACGCUGCUGCGCAAGGGCAAGGAGCGCUACACGUGCAGAUACUGCGGAAAAAUAUUUCCUCGCUCUGCUAACCUGACUCGGCACCUCAGGACUCAUACAGGAGAGCAACCAUACAGGUGUAAAUACUGCGACCGCUCCUUCAGCAUCUCCUCCAACCUGCAGCGUCACAUUCGCAACAUCCACAACAAGGAGAAGCCCUUCAAGUGCCACCUGUGCGACCGCUGCUUCGGCCAGCAGACCAACCUCGACCGUCACCUCAAAAAGCACGAGAACGGCAACUUGUCAGGAACUGCGAUGUCAUCCCCGCAGUCUGAACUGGACAGUGGUAGUGCCAUAUUGGACGAUAAAGAGGAUUCCUACUUUAAUGAAAUAAGGAAUUUCAUCAGUAAAGCGGGACAGAACCACACAUCACCAGAUCACUCCGAGGAAGGGCUGAAUGGAGGUCCAUUAGAAGAAGGGAAACCAUUGAUGGUAAGCCACGGGUCACAAGAUCUGGAAGAUGAGGAAGUGGAAGACCUAGACGCUGAUGAUGAAGAAGCGGAAGAACCUAGCAACAAUUCUGAGAAAAGGGAACCCAAGGUGCACUCUAGCAGUCUUAGUGAUGACAUCAUACGAGACGAAAUGGACUUCAGCGAGCCAAAUGACUUAAACUUCAGCUGUCAAACAUCUCCAAGGAGGUAUAAGGACGAAGAGGAACUGAGCCACUACUCGGCCUUGGACCGCAUUCAUCGUUUUUCUGACCUGCGCAAGCUGGAGGAGAGUGAGUUGAGUGAUGGAGAUGGAGAAGAGGACGACAGAGCGUUUGACUCUCCUUCUCUGACGGAGGCAGUCAAACAGCCACUCUUUAGGAAAUCGAAGUCUCAGGCGUAUGCCAUGAUGCUGUCUCUGGCUGAAAAGGACUCUCUUCACUCAGCCACUCACACCCCGGCGACCAUGUGGCAUAGCUUGGCACGGGCCGCUGCUGAAUCCAGCGCCAUCCAAUCCCUCAGCCAUGUAUGACGUGGACAUGAGACCCUUUCACAACCCCUGACYUACCUAUGGCACUGGGAGUACAUCAGCGCCACCCCCACCCCCCGGAUCGUCCACAGAGUGACUGCUCAGCAGAACCACGGCCCAUCUGACUGCCUUAAACACAGAGCAGGGUUACUGUCCCACACAGAGCCCAUCAGCCACUGGUCCUAAAAACAUCCAGCAUAUACAAAAAAGAAAAAAAAUCUAACUAAUUUCUCACAUUAACCAAGUUGAAGUGAUUAAAAAUACUAAAGUAAUAAUAGCUGUAUUUAUUAUUCUGUUAUUGUGUUUUGCACAUCAAAGGCAGCUGAUAGAGGAGGAUGAUGGAUGUGCUGAUGUGUCAUCACUAGAACGACUGAAACGCCCGGCAGGUGAAGAGAACAUUCCACCCCAAGUUAGGUUGUAUCUCUCUAGGACAGCUGGUUUCAGCCUAGCAUGAAUCAUUGUGUGUAAAGCAUUAGAGCCAGAACAAGAAUCCCGCUCCACCCCACCUCUUCACCUCGAAGACCCACAGAUGUUCCUUAUAUGUACACAGAUGUUCCUUGUGUGCACUUGACGAUAAAAGUGAAUGAGUAACCUGCAGCUGAAAGACCUGCUCCCACAUGAGGACAGCACGAGCAGCGCUUUCAGGAGCGGAUGAUGAAAGCGAUCGGACUGAAAUCAGGCCAGUUUCCUCGUAGCUGCAUAUGUGUGUGUCUGUACAAUCAUAGCACUGUACACGUUUCAAAUAGCUCUUCUCCACCUGCGCUAUCUGUGAAAAGAUAUAAAUAAAUGGAUUUUUUUUAGUAGAAGAGAAGAAAGCGCGACUUUUCUUUGUUUUGUUAUUGUUUCUUGUUGGGUUUUUUUUUUUUUUUUGUCAUUUACUGAGAUAAGUCACUAGUGCUGAAGUUCAUUGUCAUUUGUAAAGGGCAUAUGUCUUUUUCGAAAAUCGUUGAAUUCGUUCUAGUCAACCAACAAUACCACUAAAAUAGCCUGAAUGCUAGUUGUUAGCUACUCCAUGCUCGUGUGUCUUUCUUUUUUAGACAAUCAUUUUUUUUGUUCUUAUUUGUUUGUGUUUGUUGAUGUUGUUUGCUGUUGUAUUUUUGAUAAUUGUAUUUAUUUCAUGGCAAACUGUUUGUUUGUUUGUUUGUUUCUUUGUUUACUGAAUAGCACUGCUCUUAGCCCGGUAAAAAACGGGGAGAAUCCUGACCGGGCCAAUCCCAGAGUUCAUUGGAGGUUUGUAGAUUAUGUCUGAGUGCCGGAUAGUAUUAAAUAUACAUUUCACUCUUUAUUCUACUAAUAAAACCGGUCAAUGGAUAGAUAUUAGGAUUUUUUUCUAUGACAAUUUACUGAUCCAAUUGUAAAAAAAAAUCAAAAACCUUUUAAAGAAUGAAUAAUUAAAAACAAGUGAGGUUUAGUUUUGUCAUAAGCGCAUGAUUGGUCUGGUAAGAUCUGUAUCUGAUAUUUUCUACAAUUGUCUGCAAGCUUGUGAGAUGUUCGAUUCAUGUUAAUCCCUUGUGCCAAACCUAUGAUGAAAUAACAGAUUACUUUUGUUUAUUUUCCCAUUUUUGAGCGACCAGAUUUCCUGUUCGUAUUUGUUUUGUUUGUAAUCGAUUUUAAAAAGUAAUCAGCAAGUUGAGGUACUUUGUUUUAAUGCUUUCUACAAUGUAACUGUUAUGCAUUUCAAUUCAAUACUGUGGGAGGAACAACUAAGAAAAAUAAAAGAUUACAAUGUGGAUUGA